AUGUCAUGGAAAUCUCUAGGGCGGUUGUUAUCAGGAAUUAAAGGAGCUUACAACGAUAUCAAUCCUGCAACAUUAACUGGAGCUAUUGAUGUAAUUGUUGUCGAACAGAAAGAUGGAUCCUUUACUUGUGGACCAUUUCAUGUUAGGUUUGGGAAACUAACAGCUUUCUCUCCAACGGAUAAGACUGUUGAGAUCUAUGUUAACGGUGAAUUCGUCAACUUUCUACGGAUGUCUUUAGGAAGUGCCGGGGAUGCAUACUUCGUUGACUCUUCAGGUUCCACGGCAGAUGAGUUCUUAGCGAGUGAUUCUAGUGACUGUCCGGGAUUCACGUAUGAUGACUCAUGGUCUGAGAUUCCUGUACGACGUCAUUCACGCAAAGUUCGACGAGACUCUGCAAUGAGUGAACCGGGUACGGAGUCCAACUUGAUAGAAGAGGAUAUAGAUGAAGAAUGUAGAACUAGCUAUGAAGUCUCAUCUGAUUGUGAGUCCUCAAGUGAUAGGGUCAGAGACUCUCGAAAGUGUCGGAAUUCCGCUGGUGAUAAAUUUACUUCUGACAGCCUUUUGGAUGAAAGUUCAAAAAAUACUGAGAACAGUUUUAGUUAUGAUUGGGAUAUAAAGAAAUGUCAAUCAUCUAGUAGCAGUUUAUGUUUCCCUAAAGACGUCUCAAAAAGUGAUGUGCAAGAGCCGCAUCUAAAAGAUUUUACGCACGAAAAAGAAGUGUACCUAGAAGAACUCGUUACAGCGGAAGUCGAUCAAAAUGUUAAAGAGGUGUAUAUAUAUCCCCCAUGUCACGGGAAUUUUCAAUCUCAGUCUCAAGGGUCAUAUAACACUACUGAAAGCAGCUGUGUUGAUUACGGUUAUCGUUCCGACAAUGAACACUCUCCAAGAAGCAUGUCACCUAUCUUUCCCCUUGAUUUAAGUUUAAGACUUUCACUAUGUGGUGGUUUGUCUCCAGAUAAUCCUUGCUCUGAAGAGAAGUUUCUAGAGCAUAUAGUUUCCUAUGAGGAAUUUAUACGUGAUCCUAACGCUGUUUUAUCUAAUCCCAGCCUUGUUGUUUACUUCAAUGGACGUUAUUGCAAUUGGCAAGUAACUGCUCCUUCUAUCGUCAGUUUACUCGCCUUUCAAACACAAUUGCCUUACCUAACUUUACAAAAGCUAGAAAAUCAGUACCUACCCAAAAAACAGUCUCGACGCACCUCUUGGUUCAGCUGGGGUGCAAGUCAAACACGAACUGUAGCUACAAACUCUACAAUCCCUUCUAAAAAAGUUGAUUGUCCUGAAGAGAAACCACAUAAUUCCAGUUCAAGCUUACAGGCACCCCAAAUGCACAUUACUCACAGAGUUGCUAAAAUCAACAGGCUUUCUUCUAGUGAAGUAGCUAGAUUGAAACUCAAACCUGGACGAAAUGAUAUAGAGUUUCGCAUCACUACAAAGUAUCAAGGGACUUGCACAUGUUCAGCUUCUAUCUACUAUUGGCAUUGUGACUUACUUGGACAUUUGCUUCCUAUGUUGGGUCGUGAUUGGACACACCCUGGAGUUGCUCGACUAUACAAUCGAAUUCAAAACAACGGUUAUCAAUUCCUCUAUCUUUCAGCUCGAGCUAUCGGACAGGCUGGUAUAACUAGGAGCUAUUUAAGGCAAGUUGUUCAGGAUUCAGCAUCCAGAUUGCCGGAUGGACCAAUACUAUUGUCUCCGAAUUCUCUACUCCAUGCGUUUCACCAAGAAGUCAUUAUUAAUAAACCAGAGCUAUUUAAAACGAAAUGCCUACAAGACGUGUGUAGUCUUUUUCCGAAGGGCUCCUCUCCACUCUAUGCAGGAUUCGGUAACAAGGUUGAGUUACCGGAGAACGUAUCAAUAGAUAGUUGCUUUGAACAAGCAGCAGCGCAUUUAACCGAAAUAGCUUACUCUCUGGACCAAAACACGUUACUCUACUUCUACGCUAGGUACAAGCAGGUCACUGUUGGCCCAUGCAAUGUUUCAAAACCAGGAAUCUUUGAUGUUAGUGGUCGGAAAAAAUGGUGGGCGUGGCACGAACUUGGAAAUAUGUCUGUCAACGAGGCACAAAAGCAGUAUGUUAAUAAGCUACAAGAAAUUAAUCCUUCAUGGAAACCAUCGAAUGAAAAACAAAGAUCUGUAUAUGUCAGUCGAAUGAUUAAUUUGGAUCCAAAUUCAAAUGAAUCACCAUUAUCAUUUGACAAUGAUCAGUCAAUUUUUAAUAUAAUUAAACAACAUGAUUUGGAGUCUUUAAAUUGUCUCUUAUCAGUCAAUAGUAAUGAAGUUCAUUCAGUCGAUAAAAAUGGAAUGACUCCUCUUCAUUGGGCUUCAGACCGAGGAUUCAGUGAUCUAGUUUCAACUCUAAUCAAAUAUAAUGCAAAUAUAAAUGUCAAGGAUGCUGAAGGACAAACACCUCUUCAUUAUGCUUGUUCUUGUGGUCAUGAUGAAGUUAUAGAAAUUUUAUUAAAAUCUAAUGCUGAUAUCAAUGCUAAAGAUAAUGAAGGAAAUUGUGCUCAUGAUCUUUAUGAUGGUGACUUUCAUGCAUUAUUUAACAAUUAUUUAAAUCAAUCAACAUCUUAG